GCGUUUUAAGGAACUGGAACCAUGACGGACUCCAAAUACUUCACGACCAAUAAAAAAGGAGAGAUUUUUGAACUGAAGGCUGAACUCAAUAAUGAAAAGAAAGAGAAGAGGAAAGAAGCCGUAAAGAAGGUUAUUGCAGCCAUGACCGUGGGGAAGGAUGUCAGCUCACUCUUCCCUGAUGUUGUGAACUGCAUGCAGACCGACAACCUGGAGUUGAAGAAGCUGGUCUACCUGUACCUGAUGAACUAUGCCAAAAGUCAGCCAGAUAUGGCCAUCAUGGCUGUCAACAGCUUCGUGAAGGACUGUGAAGACCCAAACCCUCUCAUCCGUGCUCUGGCUGUCCGUACAAUGGGAUGCAUCAGGGUGGACAAGAUCACAGAGUAUUUGUGUGAGCCUCUUCGCAAGUGUCUGAAGGAUGAAGACCCUUAUGUACGAAAGACUGCAGCUGUCUGUGUGGCGAAGCUGCAUGACAUCAACGCCCAGAUGGUGGAGGACCAAGGAUUUCUGGAUUCUCUGCGUGACCUGAUUGCAGACUCCAAUCCCAUG